AUGUUCGUUUCGGAGAAAAUGACGGCCGUUCUGGCCGUCUAUAGUAUAUUAUUCAUGAGAUACUCCCUUGCGAUUAAGCCAAAAAAUUAUUUGCUUUUUUCCUGCCAUGCUACAAACACGGUUGUGCAAAGCGUUUUGCUUUUUCGAAAAUUGAAAUACGAGGCCGAGAGUAAGAAGGCCUUGCAGCACGUUUGA